AUUGCCUAUAUUUUGCUGUGCAAACAUCUAGCCACUAUUUGAGACCUUACAAAAGGCUAACACGCUGUACCCGUGAAUGUGAUUGAUUUUUUCCCAUUUUUAUUUGAAAAAGUUUUCAAUACGAACUUUAUAGAAUUUCAAUUGAGUCGGGAACUUUAAAAUAAAUGUUAUGAAGGUCAUGAUUUAUCUGUGACAAACUUCAGGCCAGUGCUAUGAACAAUGUUGGAUUACAUUACCAGACAAUAACUUGAAUGUGUGAAAUAAUAUAAAUUAUUUUAUGAUAAUUAAUUAUUUCACUAGUUACUUUAUCACUCAGUGAAUCAAAUCUUUAUAGUGGAUGGAUUUUUUUAUUAAGCACUUGUAUUUUUUAAGCAAUUGUUGCUUUAUUUCACUUUGCUUUAAAGCCGGCUGAAAGUUGCACAUUUAAUGAUUAAUUGAAAAAAUGAAUCAGACAGAUCACCAUAAAGACGUUGGUAGAAAUAAAAAUAGUUUGAAGAAUCCCCAUGUUGGGCCUAGUGCAUCAACAAAAGCAAAAGUUAGUGGAAAACAAAAAGGACCAAACAGCAAGGAUAAACCAGAACCAAUUGUUGUAACUGAGGAAAUAAACCACACGCAGGAUCCCUAUAAAAAGGAUCCCUCUCCACAUGGCAAGAAUGAGGAUCAUGAUUCUAGGAACAGGGAUCACAAGUCUAGGGAACAAAAUGAUCAACGGGAUCAUCACAACGGUGAUAAGGAUCAUCAUAAGCCUGUAGGGGCUUGGGAUCACCAUGGGGAUCACCAUGGUGACCACCAUAGUUACAGCUUGCACCAUGCUUACGGUUUUCACGAUCUCUUAGAACCAACUGAAUUGGAAUUGUUGGAGAAAGAGAAAGCAGAGCUGAAGUCAAGGGUUGCUGAACUCGAAGAGUUCCAGGACAAAUAUGAACAUGAGAAGAAAGAAAACCAGAUAUUGCAGAACCGACUGCAGGACCUCAUGACCGGGCAGACAGACGCCACACGCAAUCUGAUGCGCACCAGCGAGGCACUGGACCGGCUCCACCUUGAUCACAAGAAGAAAGUGGAACAGCUCGAGAAGAUGCAGGUUGAUGUUAAGUUCAAGGAAGACCGUAUACGAAACCUCGAGAUCAGAGCAUCUGAGGUGGAGAAAGCAGAGCUGAUCCUGGAAAGUACCAAACAGAACCUCGAGUAUGCACUGAAUCAGGUGAAGGUGCGAGAUGAUGAAAUCAAGCGACUCAACAAGGACGUGGAUGACUGUAACAGGCAGAUAGAUGUUCUGAAAAAGACAAUAGAAGACAUGCAUGAAAAGAUGGAGGACAUGAAGAUCCAGGUGCGCCAUGAGAUCAUGAAGAAUGAAAAUAUAGAGAAGAAUCUGGAGACAAUCCCUCGUCUGAAGGACACCAUACAGGAACAGCAGGAUGAGAUUGCGGAGCUCAAGAAACACAUUGAGGAGAAGAACGCACUACUUGCCGGUGCACGCAAAACUGUUCGAGAGUACAAGGACAAAAUACGGGUUACAGAGUAUGACAUUACAAAGGCUAAGACAUUAAAAGAGGACCUUGAACACAGUCGAUACGAGGUCGAGUCCCUCAAGAUGCUCAUGUAUGGGAAAGACUACCUAGUGUCACAGAAGACAAAGGCCCUUGACCUAUCUAAGGAGAUCAUCAGUGUGUUGAAUGACUCCCUGGACCCUGACCAGGUGCAGCGUGUACAGCAGCUGUUGGGCCGCUUCAGUGGAGCUGACACACCCCGCACAUAUAUCUCCAGGUCAACAGCUGUUUCCACUCCAACUGAUGCAGAGUUCCGUUCUGGGUCAGCGCCCCCAGGCAAAUAUCGCAGCAUCACCCCUGCCCCUGGGCACACCCGUGACAUCAAUGUCAACCAUCGCCCCUACACUACGGAGACAGAAGGUGUUGUCAAUGGUAGCCAUAGCAACCAUCAUGGCAACCACAGAACAUUCCAGCAAGUGUCUGAUAGUGAAAGUGUGGCCAAUAAACACAAAAGACCUGUGUCUGCCUUUGCUCCUUCCAGUAAAAAGACUGCCAUCGUACAUAGGACCUCUUCGUACAGGGAGGCUCAUAAAGUGUACACACAACCGUUACCAAGGAAACCAUUUGAUUAUGACCGUGUUGAAAGUCCGCGGAAUAAUCACACACAAAAUUCUAAACACUCGAGUGCAAAAAACCGCCCACCUGUAGAAAUUAUUAAAAUCAGUGUGGAAGACGCUGCAAAUACAAGUGAUAAGUCUUCACCUAGUGAUGCAACUGACGGGCCUCAUUCCAGACUGAAUUCCGCGGCAACUGACAUGGACUCAGUGUCAUCGUCAGGGUCUGAUAUAGAGGAAGAUCUGAGCCUUGAGUCUGAGGAUGUGCUACGAAGUCUUACUGCCAUGGAAAAGGACGAGGUCCUGGCCGAGAUCGUCAAUGUUGGAGAUCGAGUAUUGAUCAGCUGUCCACAGAAACCGCCACGAUAUGGGAAAAAAAGAGUUUUGAAGCCCAUCAACUAUACAGGUAUAGUGAAGUUUCUUGGCAAACUGAGUCCAGAGAAGCAUGAUGCCCGUGUACAUGUAGGCGUCAGAAUGGAUGAACCAGUUGGAGACACAGACGGAAUGUACAAAGGGAAAAGACUCAUGUACACGCCUGCUGACCAAGGAAAGUUCUACAAAUUAAGGGACAUAACUUCUGUCCUUAAUUUUAAGACUGGACGUUACAUUCCACUCAAGCGUCUCAUAGUGCACCAUGUACACAAGCAGAUCAAAGCUGACCUGAAACCAGAACAUUGAUGGAGUGCAGUCUUGUAGACUUGAUGCUGUAUAACCUGAGCAUAACUUAAGUUCCUUAGGAUUAUAACAGUGCUGCUGGUAGUUGCAUUGCAGGAAUCUCAGCAAGAUUUCUUGUUAUUGAAAUAAAACAGGAAAAUAAAAAGCAGAGAAAACAUUUGACAGUGCUCUCUUGUUAAAAUACAAGUCAUUUCUUAAAAUCAAAUUCCUACACACACUUAAUAUUCUGAAGUUAAUUGUUAAAUGUUUGCUUUGUAGUCAAAAUAUUUUAUUAUUUUGCCAUUAUCAAAAUACAGGAUAAAAAUAUUUUCAAGAAAAAUUUUAAUUUAAUAUUUCGAUUAAAGUUUGACUUAGGAUUUCCCGUUGGAUAAAAACAUGUCCAACACACAAUACUAUGAAUAUUUGGUACAAUCUUAUUGGGAUGAAAAAAACUGAACAAUGUUUCCUUUUAGACAGAAUAGAAAGCGUGUGUCUGUUAUAAGGGUUUUAUGAUGUCACAUUCAAAAUGUGUAUUCUUUGAUAGGUUCCAAAUUACAUCAAAUACAAAUUAAUAUAGUGGUGUCAUUUUUGUGUAUGAUUUUGAGAUAUUUUGUAGAAUUUUCAAAUGGAAGGGAUCCAUUGACAUUUAUUGUUUUUGUAAUAUUGACUACUAGCAUAUGGCAACCAAACUGGACCAAUACAUGGGCAUUUUGCAUUUUUGUCAUAAAAUUGACACAUCCUUUCACAUGUGCUUUUAAAUGUCAUGAAAUCUGUGACAUUUUGUGCAACGACCUGAUAAUACAUGUAGUCUUUUGUUCAUUUAUUUGACAAUUUGUACGUGAAUUCUUAACCUUAUGAGUCAAACACUGUAGAAUUACGUAUAGCAAAAGUUCUGUUGUUUAUACAACUGUACUAAUAAAUUGUGUGAAAUUAAGAAGACCUAAAUGUUGGAUAAAUCAUAAGGUCUUUUAAUAGAGCACAUAUGUCAUGUGAAUACUAGCCAUAGCUUACAUCAAAAGAUUAACAAAAUGGCAAUGAAAAAAAGAUUUAAAAAAUUGACGAUGGAAUAUCACAUCAUUCAACUACCUUAGAGAGCCAAUAUGUUUUUUUAAUGUUACACCUGUACAUGUGUGCUACUUUUUUUUCUCUUCUUGAACAUUUAUUGUAACACAAAAUGCAUUUAUAGUCUUAUAGUGGAUUUGUUUGUACAACAAUUGUCUAGUUCUAACAAGAUUUUGCUAAGUUCAAUAACUGCGCUUCAAACUAUAUAUAGAUCAUCAAAUGUGUCUUGUUCUGAGAAAAUUGGGCUUAAUGCAUGUGCGUAAAGUGUCGUCCUAGAUUAUAGCCUGUGCGGACCAGGGACGACCCUUUCCGCUUUUAUGGUAUUUUUUGUUUAAAGGAAGUCUCUUCUACAUGAAAGUCCAGUUAAGGCGGAAAGAGUCAUCCCUGAUUAGCCUGUGCAGACUGCACAGGCUAAUGUGGGACGACACUUUACGCACAUGCAUCAAGCCCAAUGUUCUCAGAACACAACUCAAAUAAGCAAACAAUCAUGCUGGUUCGUGUUUUAUCUGUGAUAUUCAUUAUUAGCUAGAUAUCCUUUUUGGUAUGUUGAUUUUGUUAUUAUGAAGUAUAAACUUGUUUGAGAGCUUUUUUGUUAUCAUAAAAAUGCACAUGGUAUUAGCUGAUAAUUAAACUUAACCCAUUAUCACUAAGAUACAUUUUUUAACAUGUUUUUUGUCCUUUAAUAAGUAAAAUUUCAUUAAGACUUUUUUAGCUCACCUGAUUGCUCAGGUGAGCUUUUGUGACCGGUCUUUGUCCGUCGUCCGUCCGUCCGUCCACAUUUGUUUUUAAACACUCCAAAGGCCACAUUUAUUUCCGAUCUUCAUGAAACUUGGUCAGAAGAAUUGUCCCAAUGAUAUCUCGACCGAGUUCGAAACUGGGUCAUGCUGGGUCAAAAACUAGGUCACUAGGUCAAAAACAAAACAAAACUUGUAAACACUGUAGAAGUCACAUUUCAUGCCCAAUCUUCAUGUAACUUUGUCAAAAUGUUUGCCUUAAUGAUAUGUUGGUUGAGUUCAAAAAAUGUUCCGGUCCGUUGAAAAACAUGGCCGCCAGUGGGCGGGUCAGUUUUUCUUAUUUGGCUAUGGAGAAACCUUGUAAACACUUUAGAAGUCACAAUUUUUGCCCAAUCAUCAUGAAAGUUGGUCCAAACAUUGGUUUUAUUGAUAUCUCGGACGAGUUCGAAAAUGGUCCAGAUCAGUGAAAAACAUGGCCGCCAGUGGGCGGGGCAUUUUUAUCUAUAUGUAUAUAGUGAAAACAUGUGAACACUCUAGAAGUCACAUUCAUUUUUGGCCCAAUUUUCAUUAAAUUUGGUCUGAACAUUUGUUUCCUUGAUACAAGAGUUGAGUUUGAAAAUGGUUCUGGUCAGUUGAAUAACAUGGCUGCAGGGGGGGGGGGCAGUUUUCUUAUAUUUAUAUUAUAAAUAUAGUAAAAAAAGCUUGUGAACACUCUAGAAGUCACAUUAUUUGCCCAAUCAUCAUGAAACUUGGCGAAAAAAUUGGUUUUAUAUAUAUCUCAGAUGAGUUCGCAAAGGUCCCGAUCGGUCAAAAAACAUGGCCGCCAGGGUGGGAGGGGCAGUUUUCCUUAUGUGGCUCGAGAGAAACCUUGUGAUCGAACACUAUAGAAGUCACAUUUUUUGCCUUAUUAUAGUGAAACUAAGUCAAUACAUUGGUUUUAUUGAUUUCUCUGACAAUAUGAAAAAUGGCUCAGAUCGGUGAAACACACUUUCGCUCACCUGAUUGCUCAGGUGAGGUUUUAGGAUUGGUCUUUGUCCGCUGUCCGUUCGUCCACAUUUGGUAUGUAAACACUCUAGCAUUCUUAUUUCUCAAGCAUUCUUAAUCAAAGUUGCUGAAAGAUCUCAGUCAAGGUUAAUAAUGAGCAAAAUCACAUAAUAAAUGCCAUAAUUAUUGCCCUUAGAUUAAAAAUAAAAACACUAUGCGCCAGAGUUUUGGUUCAAUAAUGAUGAAACUUGACCAGGAUGUUUGUCUGGACAAUAUCUAGGUAAGGUUUGAGAUUUGGUAAAGAUUGAAUAAACCGACUCCUCUUAGGUGAGCGAACUAGGGCCAUCUUGGCCCUCUUGUUUAAUAGAUUCAAGUUUUAAAGGCUUCAUUUCCAACACGUGUAUACUGAUGAGCAGCAAACAGCAUAAAACCAGAACAGACUGCGAGUAAAUUGCAGGCUGUUCUGGUUUUAUGCUGUUUGUACAUAGUAAUUUUCACUUUGCCCCUGAGUGGGAAAGGUUUAAAAAUUACAGCCAAGAAAAUUAUCACCCCUUAUAAAUUAUUAAAACAAGUACCGGUACCCCGGUAUUAGGAAUUCAACUUGUUAUGGACAUGAUAAACAGUUGGUGAGAGCAUUUUAAGACCUAAAUUAUGAGCAAGAACAUUAGUUCCAAGCAUACAAGAUUUAUAUGAACACGAUACACACUUGUUGUAACCAUUAUUAGAAUUGGUUAAGAACACUUUAAGAUUUUGGUUGUAAACAUAACAUUUUGUUGAUAACGUUAUUACAAUUGGUUAAGAACAAUUUAAGAAUUUGUUUAUGAGCAUGAUAACAAUUGAUUGUCAACAUGAUCAAAGCUUUUUUAUGAAUUUUAUAACCAAUUACUGUUGGAAUUAUAAAACUUUAGUUAUGAAAAUGAUAAACAUGGUUGUGAACAUACAUGAACAUUUGUUUUAUUGUGAACACUAUUAAAUUUGGUUUACAAUCAUGAUAUACAGUUGGUGGAAACAUUAUACAAUUUUUGUUAUGCACAUGACACAUGUAAACAUUUAUUGGGAACAUAACAAAUGGAGCUUUAGGUUUUGAGCAUGAUAAACAUUGGUGUAAAAAUUAAAAAACUUUGGUAAUGUUCAUAUUUAACUUUAAUUCUGUUGUAAUCAAUGUAAGUCUGUUACACAUCAUAAGCAUAAAAGGUGCAACUUUUAAGG